AUGUCCGGCGCCGGCCAUGGUGGUCUAUCCCGGUCGGCCACGAGGGUGGUGGCCAAGGAGGCGAACGGGUUCCACCUUCUGCGCAUCGAUGGCUACUCGCAGACCAAGACGGUCCUCCCCGGCCAGAAGCUCUCCUCCCACCCGUUCAGCGUUGGCGGCCACACCUGGCGCGUCGACUACUACCCCAACGGCCGCGACGUCUCGGCGGAUCACAACGCCAUCUCCGUCUACCUCCAGCUCGCCAGCAGCCACCCGCAGCCCGUCCAGGCGCGGUACAAGUUCAGCCUGCUAGACGACAGCGGCAACCCCGCCUACGAGCUCCCCGCCGAGAAGGGAUCCUUCGUCGGCGCCCCCGUGGUCAACCGCUACCCCAACGGCAUCACGAGAGCGGUGGGCACGUUGAACAACGGCGGCGAGGAGGAGCAGGGGCCAGGGUGCGGCCACGAGGAGUUCAUCAAGAAGGACGAUCUGGAGAGGCGCGAGCACCUGGUCCGCGAUGACAGCAUCGUGGUCCGCUGCGACGUGGGCGUCACGCAGUUCGUUAACUCGGUUCUGGCGCAGGACGAUCUGGUGAACAACGCAUGGGGAGACGAGGAGGAGGGCUACGAUCAGUACGACGCACAAGGGAUGUAUGCACCACCACCACGUAUGUACGGUGGCCGCGGCCGUCAUCAGCGCAGACAUCGAGCGGACGACAACGAAUACAUCAAUUGGUGUUUGUCCCAACGCAAUCAUUAG